AUGUCCGUCGACUUUUCCAAGGAGGAGAAGGGCGUUUUGACACGAUGGAGGGAGAUCAAGGCGUUCGAGCGCCAGGUUGAACUCUCUCGAGGACGCAAACCUUACACUUUCUACGAUGGCCCGCCAUUCGCUACCGGUCUGCCCCAUUAUGGUCACUUGCUGGCUUCUACGAUUAAAGAUAUUAUUCCGCGAUAUUGGUCGAUGAAAGGGCAUCAUGUCGAGAGGAGGUUCGGAUGGGAUACGCAUGGACUACCCAUCGAGUAUGAGAUUGACAAGGCGCAUGGAACAACAGCUGCGGAUUUUGUCAAGGCGAACGGCGUCGAGAAGUACAAUGCUGAGUGCCGUGCUAUUGUCAUGCGGUAUGCUUCCGAGUGGAGGGAGUUUAUCGAUCGGCUGGGCAGGUGGAUCGACUUUGACAAUGACUACAAGACCAUGGACGCAAGCUUUAUGGAAUCAGUAUGGUGGGUGUUUAAGCGAUUGUUCGACAAGGGCGUUGUAUACCGUGGUUAUCGAGUAAUGCCAUACUCGACAGCAUUAAACACACCCUUGAGCAAUUUCGAAGCACAGCAAAACUAUAAAGACACGCAGGAUCCCGCUGUUGUUGUCUCUUUUCCUCUCCUCAACGAUCCUCAGACAAAUCUUCUGGCAUGGACAACGACACCAUGGACCUUGCCCUCACAUACUGGUCUAGCAGCGCACCCGGACUUUGAAUACAUCAAAAUUCUGGAUGAGGCAUCUGGAAAGAAUUAUGUCCUUUUAGAGUCUUUACUUCGCACAUUAUACAAGGAUCCGAAGAAAGCAAAAUUCAAAAUCCUGGAACGUUUCUCAGGAAAAGAGAUGAAAGGUUGGAGAUACGAGCCUCUGUUUGACUAUUUCUACGAGGAGUUCAAGGACUAUGGCUUCCGCGUUUUGAACGCGAAUUAUGUGACCGCGGAAGAUGGCGUAGGCAUUGUCCACCAAGCGCCAGCCUUUGGAGAAGAAGAUUACAAGGUCGCUUUUGAGGCUGGUGUCAUUAGUGCCGACCGAUUGCCCCCAAACCCGGUGGAUGAAAAGGGAUGCUUCACGUCUGAAGUAAGGGAUUUUGCUGGGCAACAUGUCAAGGCUGCAGAUAAAUCCAUCAUCAAAUAUCUCAAAAACAAGGGACGUCUCAUUGUCGACAGUCAGAUAACUCACAGCUAUCCUUUUUGCUGGAGGUCAGAUACACCACUCAUCUAUCGGGCGGUGCCAUCAUGGUUUGUGAAAAUCCCAGAUAUCAUCUCGACAAUGCUCGAAAGCAUCGGAAAGUCUCACUGGGUUCCAUCGUUCGUGAAGGAAAAACGGUUCGCCAACUGGAUCGCCAAUGCUAGGGAUUGGAACAUCUCUCGGAACCGCUUCUGGGGAACUCCUAUCCCUCUGUGGGCAAGUGAGGACAUGUCGGAAAUUGUUGCCGUGGGCAGUGUAGAAGAGCUGAAGAACUUGAGUGGUUACCAAGGAGAGCUUACGGACCUUCACCGGGAUAAGGUCGACCACAUCACAAUUCCCAGCCAAAAGGGCAAAGGAGCCCUUCACCGAAUCCCGGAGGUCUUUGAUUGUUGGUUUGAAUCUGGCAGUAUGCCUUACGCCUCAUCACAUUAUCCCUUCGAGAAUAAGGAGUAUUUCGAAUCGACUUUCCCAGGAGACUUCAUUGCAGAGGGAAUCGAUCAAACUCGAGGAUGGUUCUACACAUUGGUGGUUCUAGGGACACACCUCUACGGCCACAUUCCGUUCAAGAAUUGUGUUGUGAAUGGGAUUGUGCUAGCAGAAGAUGGAAAGAAGAUGUCUAAGCGACUCAAGAAUUAUCCUGAUCCUUCACUGGUCAUCGAUAGAUAUGGUGCUGAUGCUCUGCGCCUUUAUCUCAUCAACUCGCCGGUAGUACGAGCAGAGGCCCUCAAAUUCAAAGAAAGUGGAGUGAAGGAGAUUGUUUCCAAGGUUCUUCUUCCUCUCUGGAAUAGCUACAAAUUCUUCGAAGGGCAAGUUGCACUGCUGAAGAAGAUCGAGAACAUUGAAUACACCUUCGACCCAGAGGCCGAGAGCAAGAACACCAAUGUGAUGGAUCGAUGGAUUUUGGCAAGCUGUCAAAGUCUGCUAGAAUAUGUAAAUGAGGAAAUGGCCGCUUACCGACUCUACACUGUUGUGCCCAGACUGCUUGAACUCAUCGACAAUACCACCAAUUGGUACAUUCGCUUCAACAGAAAACGAUUAAAGGGAGCGCUUGGAGUCGAAGAUACCCAGCAUGCACUUAAUACACUUUUCGAAGUCCUCUACACUCUUGUCAGAGGUCUUGCCCCAUUUACACCAUUCAUCACCGACCUGAUCUACCUCAAACUUCUCCCUCACAUUCCCACUUCAUUACAUUCGGAGGAUAUGAGAAGUGUUCAUUUUCUUCCAUUCCCUGAAGUGCGACGCGAACUAUAUGAUGAGGUGGUCGAACGACGUGUAGGAAGAAUGCAAAGAGUCAUUGAGCUCGCGCGCGUCUCGAGGGAAAGAAGAACGAUAGGGUUGAAGACACCCUUGAAAACGUUGGUUGUCAUUCAUACUGACAAGCAAUACUUGGACGAUGUGCAGUCACUGGAGGGCUACAUCACCGAAGAACUAAACAUCCGAGAUCUGGUGCUCAGCUCUGAUGAGAGCAAAUAUCAUGUGCAAUACAGCGUUUCGGCUGACUGGCCCACCCUUGGCAAGAAAUUCAAGAAGGAUGCGCAAAAGAUCAAGAAAGCGUUGCCAUCACUAACUAGUGACGACGUAAAGAGGUUUGUGGCAGAGAAGAAAAUCCAACUUGGUGGCAUUGAGCUUUCAGAAGAGGACUUGAUAGUCAAGAGAGGGUUUGAGGAGGAUGACAGCGCAAGGAACCUUGAGGCAAACACAGACAAUGAUGUUCUUACAAUUCUUGACGCCGAAUUGCAUGCAGGGUUGGCUGACGAAGGCGUUGCGCGGGAGAUCAUUAAUCGAGUCCAACGUCUGCGUAAGAAGGCAGGACUCGUUCCAACCGAUGAUGUGAAGAUGGAAUACUACGUGCAGAGCGAUCCAGAAAACGUUGGUCUGGAGAAUGUGUUUGAGACCCAAUCAAAGAUCAUUGAAAAGGCUUUGCGAAGACCAAUGGACAGACAUACUAUCACCGAAGUGGAGGGCAAGAUACCCAAUGGAGUUGAGGAGUCUGUCAUCGCCGAAGAGGAGCAGGAGAUCCAAAAAGCGACAUUCUUACUUAGACUUGUUAAGAUCUAG